CCGAAGAUACCACUAGGAUCAAUCAUCCUUGAUUCCUUUUUCCUCCCUCAGCAUGUUCGCUCUUAGGAAUUCAGUGCGCCGAAUGCCCCAGUGGGCACAGGUUCGUUCUGUGUCGACCUUGGAAGGCAAUCCUCACAUAUACGUAUUCCCCAAGAAUGGCACCAACAUACUGUCCUUGCUUCCUUCCGAGCCAACCAACCCCGACCUGGCCAUCGGUGUCUCAUCCAAACUACCUCCGACGCCAGAUUCGUUUAAAGAGAACCCCAAGUUCCUAGAGACUUUGCAAGAUGUCAUGACUGAGCACGGUCACAAAGACCCCGACGCUAUAUCGCAAGCACAGGUCAUGGUGUCUACGUCAGGAGCUAAUUUGAGCACCGGCGGGGUGCUUUUGACCGGGGGACGGGAGAGGAAACGCCGCAGCGAGGGCGAUUCCAGCGGCGGAGCCAGUGGCCAAGGCGGCGCUGGCUCCGCUGGGAGAGGUGGUUGGAUUCAUCUUUCGGAUAACCGACGGCCACCUGAGUAUGGCCGUAUAGCUUGGCCCGAAGAUAUCUUUGGGAGCUUGGAAGUCGACGGCGAAGGAAACUUCGUGGGUGGGAACGGUAACUACCAGUCGAGCGGGACGUAUCGCGUGGUGACUCGGGAUGGAAUUCUGGGGCUGAGCCCAUUUUUGCGGGAAAAGCUGGUGCAAAAGCUGCGCCAGCAGGAGACGGGAUCAUUUUCCGUCGGUAGUGACCAUGUACAAUAGACCCUUGCUGUCCUCAUUGCCGUCUCCAAAGACUGCACUGAUCCAAAAACUGCUGGACAGUUGACACAAUCUGUAAAAUAGACUCGAAAAAUGGGACAACGCCGCUCAGAGACCAGCUCAUAAUUGCCGACGACCCAAUCCACGCCAAAAUAUAC